AUGAAAUGUGAAGCCCAGGUGACGACGGUGACUUGUCACUAUCCGUCACCUGCCGCCCCCGCGACACUCACCCGUCACUGGCUGCCCCGCGACACUCACCCGUCAUUGGCCGCCCCGCGACACGCACCCGUCACUGGCUGCCCCGCGACACUCGCCCGUCACCGUCCGCCCCGCGACACUCACCCGUCACUGGCCGCCCCGCGACACUCACCCGUCACUGGCCGCCCCGCGACACUCACCCGUCACUGGCCGCCCCGCGACACUCACCCGUCACUGGCCGCCCCGCGACACUCACCCGUCACUGGCCGCCCCGCGACACUCACCCGUCACUGGCCGCCCCGCGACACUCACCCGUCACCGUCCGCCCCGCGACACUCACCCGUCACUGGCGGCCCCGCGACACUCACCCGUCACUGGCCGCCCCGCGACACUCACCCGUCACUGGCCGCCCCGCGACACUCACCCGUCACUGGCCGCCCCGCGACACUCACCCGUCACCGUCCGCCCCGCGACAUUCACCCGUCACUGGCCGCUCCGCGACACUCACCCGUCACUGGCCGCUCCGCGACACUCACCCGUCACUGGCCGCUCCGCGACACUCACCCGUCACUGGCCGCUCCCGCGACACUCACCCGUCACUGGCCGCUCCGCGACACUCACCCGUCACUGGCCGCUCCGCGACACUCACCCGUCACUGGCCGCUCCCGCGACACUCACCCGUCACUGGCCGCCCCGCGACACUCACCCGUCACUGGCCGCCCCGCGACACUCACCCGUCACCGUCCGCCCCGAGACACUCACCCGUCACUGGCCGCCCCGCGACACUCACCCGUCACUGGCCACCCCGCGACACGCACCCGUCACUGGCUGCCCCGCGAUACUCACCCGUCACCGUCCGCCCCGCGACACUCACCCGUCACUGGCCGCCCCCGCGACACUCACCCGUCACUGGCCGCCCCCGCGACACUCACCCGUCACUGGCCGCUCCGCGAUAUUCACCCGUCAGUGGCCACCCCGCGACACUCACCCGUCACUGGCCGCCCCCGCGACACUCACCCGUCACUGGCCGCCCCCGCGACACUCACCCGUCACUGGCCGCCCCCGCGACACUCACCCGUCACUGGCCGCUCCGCGACAUUCACCCGUCAGUGGCCACCCCGCGACACUCACCCGUCACCGUCCGCCCCGCGACACUCACCCGUCACUGGCCGCCCCCGCGACACUCACCCGUCACUGGCCGCCCCCGCGACACUCACCCGUCACUGGCCGCCCCCGCGACACUCACCCGUCACUGGCCGCCCCGCGACACUCACCCGUCACUGGCCGCCCCCGCGACACUCACCCAUCACUGGCCGCUCCGCGACAUUCACCCGUCAGUGGCCACCCCGCAACACUCACCCGUCACCCGCCGCCCCGCGACACACACCCGUCACUGGCCGCCUCGCGACACUCACCCGUCACUGGCCGCCCCCGCGACACUCACCCGUCACUGGCCGCCCCGCGACACUCACCCGUCACUGGCCGCCCGGCGACAUUCACCCGUCACUGGCCGCCCCGCGACACUCACCCGUCACUGGCCGCCACCGCGACACUCACCCGUCACUGGCCGCCUCGCGACACUCACCCGUCACUGGCCGCCUCGUGACACUCACCCGUCACUAG